AAACUACCUUUUCAGAUUGGACUUACGUAACAUGUCUCUCAUACAGGCGACAGAGUGGGCACCGGACGAGGAAACCAGGAAGUCGUGUCAGAGCAAAGGCAAAACAGAGAUUGAAUGUCAGAACUACGUCAGAGUCCUGCUGGUGAACAAGACAGAAGUUAUGACCUGCGGCACAAAUGCUUUUCAGCCUCUAUGUAUUACCAGAGAGGUAGGCAACAUCAGUAAAGUGCUGGAGCGUGUGAAUGGGGUAGCACGCUGCCCGUACGACCCUCGUCACAACUCCACAGCCGUGGUGACAGAAAGUGGAGAGCUGUACGCCGCCACCGUCAUCGACUUCUCGGGCCGUGACCCGGUCAUAUACAGGAGCCUCGGAGGCAUGCCCCCCCUGCGCACCGCCCAGUAUAACUCAAAAUGGCUCAACGAGCCCCACUUCAUCUCAGCCUACGACGUCGGUCUCUUCACCUUCUUCUUCCUGCGAGAGAACGCCGUGGAGCACGACUGUGGCAAGACGGUGUACUCGCGCGUGGCCCGGGUCUGUAAGAACGACAUCGGCGGGCGCUUUCUGCUGGAGGACACCUGGACAACGUUCAUGAAGGCGAGGCUGAACUGCUCCCGUUCCGGAGAGAUCCCCUUCCACUACAACGAGCUGCAGAGCACCUUCUACCUGCCUGAGCAGGACCUCAUCUACGGCAUCUUCACAACCAAUGUCAACAGCAUCGCAGCAUCUGCAGUUUGUGCGUUCAACCUGAGCGCCAUCACCCAGGCCUUUAACGGACCCUUCCGCUCGCAGGAAAACCCCCGCUCCACCUGGCUCCCCACACCCAACCCCAUCCACAACUUCCAGUGUGGAACAAUAGAUGACAAAGGUCCCAACGAGGGUUUGACAGAGCGCAGCCUUCAGGACGCACAGAGACUUUACCUGAUGAAUGAUGUGGUCCAACCAGAGUCUGUGGAUCCGCUGGUCAUGCAGGAUGAUGUUCGCUUCUCCAACCUUGUUGUGGACAUUGUUCAGGGAAUGAACACUCUUUAUCAUGUCAUGUACAUCAGCACAGAAUACGGGUCCAUCCUGAAAGCACUGGCAACACCUAAUAAGAAGCUGCAGGGCUGCUACCUGGAGGAAAUGGAGCUCUUCCCACCUGGUGUGAGAGAACCAAUCUUGAGCCUGCAGAUCCUGCACAGUGAAAGGUCGCUGUUUGUUGGUCUCAACAACAAGGUCUUAAAGAUCCCACUGGAGAGGUGUUCUACUUACAAAACUGAGAU